AUGUUUGGAUUCAAACGUUCUAUGAUCCAAGCAAUCCUACUUCUAAUAUUUGCCAUUCAGUAUUACACCUUCGGGAGUGUGUUCUUGUGGUAUACCUUCGCUGGAUCACUGACCGUCGUCUUAUUACUAGCGGUGCUCACCUAUGACCAUGAUUAUUGGAUCAGAAGAGGAAUAUUCUCUCCGCCGGCUUGGCCGUUUGUCGGUCACAUAAGGACUGUGGUCGCUUUUAAAGAACAAGGAGGGAUGUGCUUUAAACGAAUCUACGACACGUACAAAAAUGAGAAAUUUUUGGGUUGCCAUCAGUUCUACCAGCGCACUUUGGUGGUGCGCGAUCCGGAACUGAUCAAGAGAAUCUGUGUCAACGAUUUCCAGUACUUCACCGAUAGGGGCUUCUUCUUCGACAAAGAGGUUGACCCCCUGGCCGGCUCCAUCCUGUACCUAAGAGGGAAUGAAUGGAAAAAAUUAAGAGCCAAGAUAUCGCCUAUAUUCUCUCCAAACAAAUUAAGAGGAAUGUUCCCGUUAAUAGAAGACACAGCUAAAGAAUUCGUUCUGCGUGUAAAGAAGCUAGUUACAAAUACCAAAAAUACAACCAAAAACAAUAGUGAUGUAAUCGAUGAUGUUGCGAUAAAUACAAAGGAAAUUGACGAAGCACAUUCAACUGUCGUGGAGUCGGAGAAGUUGGUGGGAGGGUAUACAGCCGAUGCGAUAGUUCCUUGUGCCUUCGGACUCAAGAGCCGUGUCAUGGAUAACCCUAAAGAUCCCUUCGCAGUUGCCCUACAAGCAUUUUAUGAAAUGACCUUAUAUAACAUAUUAGAAAAGACUAUGCGUCAGUUUUGGCCAGCCUUCGUGUUGUUCUUCCGUAUGAGGAACAUCCCAAAGACGACUCACGAUUUUUUCUACAACAUUGUCACCAGCGUACUUCGGGCCAGAGAAAAUGGUGAUCAGGAAAAAAGAGGAGACUUUAUUGAUAUGAUGAUGACCUUGAGGAACGAUGAGAAGAACAACAACUCAUGCAAAGCUGAGUCUGAAAACGACGUUGAAAUAACUGAUAUGGUGAUUUCUGCGAACGCUUUCAUCAUAUUCCUUGGUGGGUUCGAGACCACAUCGUCGACGUUGGCAUUCCUCUGUCUGGAACUUGCUGCUCAUCCCGAAGUCCAGGAGAAGAUGAGGAACGAGAUUGUUGAGGUGUUAGCCAAGACCGAUGGAACUCUCACCUACGAGACGCUUCAAGAGUUGACGUAUAUGGAAAUGGUGAUUCAUGAAACUCUACGGCUAUACCCGCCAUUCCCGAACAUUCAACGCAUGUGCACAAAGGACUACAUAAUACCCGGCACUAAUAUCGUGGUUGAGAAGGGGACAAUAGUGCUUUUUCCGACCCUCGGCAUACAAAGAGACGAGCAGUAUUUUGAAAAUGCGUCAGCCUUCGUACCGGAGCGUUGGGCUGAAGACAAGCCAGUGCCACCUCCUGGAGUCUACAUGCCUUUUGGAGACGGUCCACGGUAUUGUAUUGGUAAACGAUUCGCGAUGAUCCAGAUGAAGUGCUGCCUUGUGAAGUUAUUGCAGCAUGUUAGGAUAAGUCCCGCGCCAUGUGGGAAAACUGGUGCAAACCUCAGGUCCAGAUCGGAGCCCUUCGAGGCGAACCCGCGUUCUCCGCUCACACUGCACCCUGCCGAUUCGCGCGUCAGACUAACAUUAUUAUGA